AUGACCUCCAUUCCCGUCAAAGUCAAGCACAAUGGCAAGGUGCACGACAUCUCCUUGGAGCCGUCGCAGCCCGCCACCGCCUUCAAGCAGGCCAUCUACGAAAAGACGGGCGUGCCCCCAGAGAGGCAAAAGGUCAUGAUCAAGGGCGGCAUGCUCAAGGACGACUCGGACCUCUCAAAGAUCGGCGCAAGGGCCGGCCAGACCUUCAUGGUCAUCGGCACCGCAGGAGAGCUGCCCAAGGCGCCCACCGGCCCAAUCACCUUCCUCGAGGACAUGACCGACUCGCAGCUCGCCGAGGCCACGCGCACAAAGGCCGGCCUCACGAAUCUGGGCAACACCUGUUACCUCAACUCGACCCUCCAGGUCCUCCGCGCCAUCCCGGAGCUGCAGGUGGCCCUCAACCGCUUCGGCGGCACCCUCGGCGGCGCCGAUGGCGAGUCGAACCUCACCGCCGCCCUGCGCGACCUCUACAAGAACCUCGGCCAAACCACCGAGGCCUUCCCGCCCAUUGCCUUUCUCAGCAUCCUCCGCCAGGUGGCGCCCCAGUUUGCCGAAAUGUCGAGGGAGGGCGGGGGCUACGCCCAGCAGGACGCCGAAGAGGUCUGGGUCAGGAUCAUCCAGGCGCUCCAGAACAGCCUCAAGGGCCUGCCCGCCAACGCCGACAGCGCCGCUGGCGGCUCGCACGACGUUGCGCAGAAGUUUGUGCAGCAGUACAUGACGGGCCACAUGGUCAUCAAGCGGUCGUCGCCCGAGGCGCCCGACGAGGAGCCGACGUUUUCAAAGGACCCGUUCAGCAUGGUGCAGUGCAACAUCUCGAGCACCACCAACGAGAUGACGUCGGGCAUCCUCGACUCGCUCAACCAGCAGAUUGAGAAGCAGUCGAGCUCCCUCGGCCGCUCGGCCGUCUACAACGAGACGAGCCGCAUCGACCGGCUGCCGGCCUACCUGGCCACCCACUUUGUCCGCUUCUACUGGCGGCGCGACAUCAACAAGAAGACCAAGAUCAUGCGCAAGGUCAAGUUCCCCUUUGAGCUCGACGCCACGCCCUUCCUCACCGACGAGCUCAAGGAAAAGGUCAAGUCGACGACGCUCGCCAUCAAGAAGUUCGAAAAGGACCGCGACGAGCGCGCAAAGAUCCGGCGGAGGGCCAAGGCCAAGAAGGAGGCCGAGACAAAGACGGACGCCGCGGCCGCCGCCGACCCGAGCUCCCUCAGCGGGACGGCGACGGCGUCGGCCGAUGCGCCUCGGCCUACCGAUCCCAUGGCCGUCGACGGUGCCGAGGAGGCGCUGACCUCAGCUACCACCGGCGGCGGCGGCGACUCGAAGCUGGGCCAUGCGCUGACGGACGAGGAGGAGAUUGAGCUGCGAAGCAAGGAGCGCGCCGAGGUCGACGCCUCGAUCCACGCCGACCUGCGGGCCGACAUUGGCGCCAACCCGUCGGCCCUCUACGAGCUGGUGGGCAUCGUCACGCACAAGGGCGCCGCCGCCGAUGCGGGCCACUACAUUUCUUGGGUGCGAAAGGACGACGACGAUUCCGACUCGGCGGGCGCCGCCGCCUCGGUCAAGCGCGGCGCGACGAGCAAGUUUGACCGCACCGAAAAGGACGAGGAGUGGUACAAGUUUGACGACGACAGGGUGUCGGUCGUGCCGCGCGAAAAGAUCAUGACGCUCGAUGGAGGCGGAGAGGAUUCGGUCGCCUACAUCCUCCUCUACCGCGCCAAGAAACUCGACUAG